AUGGCCCGUUUUUUCUACCACGAUAACAAAGACACUCCUGAGGACUUUACGGAUGAACACGACUCGGGGCAACCAGUUUCUGAAGAGACUCUUCUGAAAUUAGGCGUGUUUUAUCGCAAAAUCUCAUCGAUGGAUGAACUCAAUGCCAUUGCCAAAGAGCGCGGAUACAAGAAUAGAGACCAAGUUAUUCUCAAUUUGGACUCGUUUGGAGGUGAUGUGAAUGCGUUCAACUCCAAAAUGAAAACGUUCUACACCGAGCAUUACCAUGAAGACGAAGAAAUUAGAUAUAUCGUAGAUGGAGAGGGAUACUUUGAUGUUCGCGGAAAGGAUGAAAAAUGGAUCCGAGCCCAACUCAGUCCCAACGACUUGUUGGUGUUGCCCGCCGGUAUAUACCAUCGUUUCACAUUGAGCAGCAACUUGAGGGAGAUAACGGCCAUCCGGUUGUUCAAAGAUGAGCCCAAAUGGGAGGCCAUCAACCGUGAUUCUGGAAGAGUCAGUGACGCCAGAACCGAAUAUGUCCAGUCGAUCAGCGUAUGA